CCAUACAUUGUCACCGAUNUCACAACACAUCCAUAACCUGACCGUCAAAAGUGGCAAAUAUUUGCUUCCAAUGUAUAUAAAUCCAUAUACGGGUCAGUUCAGCAGAGGGACCAUAACGCUGGGCGCUCGCGGCGACUCGUACUACGAAUAUCUGCUCAAACAAUACAUUCAAACCGGUAUUCCAUGGCUUAAAGAGGAUUACAUUAAAUCGAUGGAUGAGCUCCAGAAACGACUGGUGCGGACGACUAAAGGGCCGCUAAAACUGACAUUUAUAGGCGAAAUGUUGCGCUCAAACAGCUAUAACGAUAUCCAUCCAAAAAUGGAUCAUUUGGUGUGUUUCCUGUCGGGAACGCUGGCUCUCGGGUACUAUCACGAGGUGGUGAGAGGGCCCAAAAUACACGGCCAUUCAGUGGCCGAGGACUCGCCGUUCAACGAGCACCUGGUGUUGGCCGAGAAGUUGGCCCGAACUUGCAAUUACAUGUAUAACCUGACAAAGACUGGUCUGUCGCCCGAAAUCGCGUACUUCGACGAGACGGGCAAUGAGGACGAGUUCCAGAUCAGACCCGCCGACGCUCACAAUCUGCUCCGUCCGGAGUUUGUCGAGUCGUUGUUUUAUUUAUAUCAUAUCACCGGUAAACCCAUAUAUAGGACGUGGGGCUGGCAGAUAUUCCAAGCGUUUAAUAAGUACACGAGAGUGAAGUCCGGCGGCUAUACCUCCAUAGAUGACGUGAGAAAUCCCGAUAACGUUCGGCCCAAAGACAUGAUGGAGUCGUUUUGGUUUGCGGAGACUCUUAAAUAUUUAUAUCUAUUGUUUUGUGACGACAAACAGAUUGUUAGUCAACUGUUGGACAAGUAUGUGAUCAAUACUGAGGGGCAUAUAAUACCCAUUAGGACCUAAUUGCUAACAAUUG